CACACAUGUCAUCUUUAAAGUUUUUUUCGUCUUUUGUCGCUCGCAUCUGUUUCCCGCUACCACGUAUUCGUCCAAUCAAUGAUUUUGUCGCCACGUUCAAAAGAAAUAGUACGUUUGUAAAAAUAAAGAAUGUAAAAAUCUGGAUUUGAUUUGAUUAUGAUCCGGCGGAAAGCCAAGGAGUAUAGUGGUUCUAGUCUAGAACUGGGUGGUGCGGCAGACAUUACAAAACAUGUCCCUAUGAAGAAACUGAAAUCUAUGAAAGCCGUGAAGUACAUCAUUUUAAUCAUACUGGGUUUUAUCCUUCAUGCUGGAUACAGGUUUAUUACAAAGCCGAGCUCACACGGAGAUAUAAUCGACAUUUCUCCUGACGACAUUGUAAAUAGCGUGGCCCCCGGUAACACAGAUAAUGAUUGGGAAGACGACCAAAAUCCAUUUCUUGAAGAUUUAGAGCGAGAGUCAAAGGUCAAAGAGAAAUUAGGUGAUCAUGCCAAGCAAGUUUUUGACAAUCAAAGAACGAAAAAUACUGAAAGUGUAAAAAUUGAAAAAAAUUCGGAAAAACACAAAAUAGUAAAAACUGAUGAACACACGAAAAAGGAAAACAAACCAAAAGAAAAUAUUGAAAAACAAUCUCCUGAUAACAACCAUCCUAAGAAGGAGAUCCAAACCAACAUAUUAGAUAAUAAAUUAAACCCUAGGAAUGAAAUUGAGAGGAAAGACUUAAAACAAGAAAUGGAAAUAGAAAACCGGAUAGCACAAUUAAUGGACGACAACCAGGAAUCGCAAAAAUUGGACCAUAUGCCGGUAGAGGACUAUAAAGAUCCGGAAAAACCGAUCCGGAAAGAUCCGGAAGUACAACAGGAGUUCCAACAAAAAGCUGAACAGAUAGCCAAAGUUGUGAACAGUAAUAUUAAAACGUUUGUUUUGUCUGAGGGACACCACACUCACGAUAUUCCCGCCAUUGUGACCGCAGCCUCGCAGCAGACGUUCAGCCAGAUUGAACACCUCGUCUCUUCCGUUCAAUACUUUUAUCCAAAGGAAGAUAUUUAUGUGUUUGAUUUGGAUCUUACGGAUGCUCAACGAAUGAAGUUGUCCGCUUUCUGCAAUGUGCGCCUGCGCGGUUUCUGGUUGAAUCUUUUCCCAAGCUUUAUCCACGACUUAUCGAACUUCCACUGGAGACCAUUAAUCAUUCAGACAGCGCUAGCGGAAUUUGGACACAUCACGUGGAUAAAUCCUGGAUUUAAAGUGAGUUCCAUGGCGUUCAAUGAUCUCGUGCAUAAAUCUGAGGAGCCCGGAAUCCUGGUUAUAGGACAAAACGCUGAUUACUCAACAUUCGCCGUGACACACCCCAAAAUGUACAAAUAUUUAACAGUGGAUAGGACACAGUUAUUUAAGUCCCCUCAUAUUGAGGUCAGGGCAAUGAUCAUUCAUAAUACAGAGGAAGUGAUGAACAAUUUUAUGAAACUUCUAUCUGCUUGUGCAGUCGAGGAACAAUGUCUGAGUCCCCCUGGUGCUGCGCCUAGUUGCAGGUUUGACGUCACAGGGCGGGAAUAUGCCGACUGUCAUCGCUAUGACGAGUCAGCUGUCAAUAUUAUUCUGAAAAAUUGGCUUGGACAUAAAUCUGCCAUAUUUAUGGAGAAGAGUAAUUUCUUACAGCCCAUAAAUAAGUAUGAUAAAGCCAAUCCAAAGAUAUGCAAAACUUAAAAAAACAAUCUAUAGUGAAAGUGUUACAAUAACUGAACAACAUGUCCACGGGUCGGCCUGCUCACCUGAAGCGACAUUUUCCUUUCUGACAAUCUGUAGUUACUGUGACCAUUAGGCUUGAAGGCCAUGAGUUCGUUAAAUAAUAUUGCAGUAUUAUUCUUGAUACCAACUUUACAAACCAGAGCAUUAAUGUUUAGAGCCAAUCAAAUCAGGAUAUGAUAAAAAAGGGGUUUAAUGCAUUUUGGAAGAUUUUAAAGACUGUGAAAGAAAAUACAUUUAGAUCAGCAUUCCAUCUUGAAAUUAAAAUCGAAUAUCGAUUUUAGGUGACUUCAAAACAUUUCAGCAUCUGAGGUGUACAUUUAGUGCACCAAAUUGUUUAAAAGCACCCUGAUUUACCCAAAAGAAGCUUAGCUGCAGAACUGUGACACUCUGGUUGAGAAAAUUCAGACAGACAAACCAGAGAGUACAGAUCCAAGCGUUGUGAAAACAUUCGAUUUACGGAGUUUUUUUUUGCAAUCGUUUUUUGAAUUAUUUCUUGUAUUUCAUCUAUUUUCCUGCUUAAAACAUGUUUUCCAUGAAUAAAGCAUGUUUUACUCCUAUUCUUGAUACUUCAUUUACCUUUCAAAGGUUCCAAACAAGGAUAUAUAUUACCUUGGAAUGUCAGCUUCAAAAUUCGCAUUCAGGGGGUUUGCUAGAAUUAAUGCAAUGAAAGGUAAAAUUAAGUAUCAGGAAUAUGAAUAUAUUUAAUAGUUUUAAAAUAUGCAAUUAAGGGUAAAAUUAAAAAUCAGGAAUAUGA